AGAAUUUCGUUGUCUGCUCAUUCUGCAUGUUUGUUCUUGCACGAAAAGUGGUGGUCAAAGUUUUAUCCCUAUUUUUCCUUUGAUUAUCUUAAACAAUGGAUGUUGCAGGUGCCCAACAAGUACAAAAUAAAAUCAAGGAUGAUGUUGCUCAAAGGUGUCAAAAAUUGUUCUUGGAUUUCCUUGAAGGUUUUGAAGUUGAUGGUGAAGUAAAGUACUUGGAAAAGGCUAAAGAACUUGUAAAACCAGAAAGAAAUACACUUCAAGUCAGCUUUCAGGAUGUCGAGAAAUAUAACAGCAAUUUGGCUGUCACAAUCGUGGCUGAAUAUUACCGUGUUUACCCUUUCAUUUGCCAAGCUGUUUAUUCCUAUGUGAGAGAUAAGGCUGAUUUCAAUGUGGAGAAAGAACUGUACAUUAGCUUUGUUGAUGUCAGCUCAAAAUACAAGGUCAGAGACUUGAAGACAGCCAGCAUUGGCUCGCUCUUUCAGAUAUCUGGCCAAGUUAUUCGUACCCAUCCAGUUCAUCCGGAAUUGGUCAGCGCUACCUUUGUUUGCCUAGAUUGUCAAACAGUCAUUAAGGAUGUAGAACAACAGUUCAAGUACACACAACCUUCUAUUUGCCGCAACCCUGUCUGCUUCAACAGAAGUCGAUUCAUGCUAAAUGUUAACAAGUCCCGGUUCGUUGAUUUUCAAAAAGUUCGAAUUCAGGAAACGCAAGCAGAACUCCCUCGAGGAUGUAUUCCACGCAGUGUUGAGGUUAUUCUACGAGCUGAAGCAGUGGAAACAGCCCAAGCUGGUGAUAAGUGCGAUUUCACUGGAACUCUUAUCGUUGUCCCUGAUGUCGGUUCUAUCUCUGUACCUGGUGCUCGAGCGGAAAGUGGAUCACGGAAAACUGGUGAAGGUCCGGAAACUGAAGGUGUCCGCGGACUGAAAAAUUUGGGUGUCAGGGACCUAAACUACCGACUGGCUUUCUUGGCUUGCAGUGUUACCCAAAGCAAUCCCAUGUUUGGUGGUAAAGACUUGCAUCAAGAGGAAAUGACAGCAGUCGAUAUCAAAAAUCAAAUGUCAGAGCAAGAUUGGAACCGCAUCUACAAUAUGACACAGGACGUUAAUUUGUACGACAAUUUGAUCAAAAGUCUAUUUGCCACCAUUUACGGAAACGACGAAAUCAAGCGAGGUAUUCUACUAAUGCUCUUUGGCGGUGUUCCCAAAAAAACCGUUGAGCAUACUACGUUGCGUGGAGACACCAACGUUUGUAUAGUUGGCGAUCCUAGUACAGCAAAGUCGCAGUUUUUAAAGCAGGUCGCCGAAUUUACCCCUCGUGCAGUUUACACUUCUGGUAAAGGAUCCAGUGCAGCAGGUUUAACAGCUGCUGUGGUACGAGAUGAAGAAUCGUAUGAAUUCGUUAUCGAAGCGGGAGCACUCAUGUUAGCAGAUAAUGGUGUCUGUUGCAUUGACGAGUUUGACAAGAUGGAUCCUCGCGAUCAAGUUGCUAUUCACGAAGCCAUGGAACAGCAGACCAUCUCCAUCACCAAGGCCGGAGUUAAAGCAACGCUCAAUGCUCGAGCUUCAAUCUUGGCUGCAGCCAAUCCCAUUGGAGGACGAUACGACCGAACAAAAUCCCUGAAACAGAACGUGAUGAUGACCGCGCCCAUUAUGUCUCGUUUUGAUCUCUUUUUCAUCUUAGUUGACGAGUGUAACGAAGUCGUCGACUAUUCCAUCGCCCGUAGCAUCGUCGAUCUUCACAGGAGAAACGUUGAAUCGAUUGAACGAGUGUACCAGACUGAGGAUAUCCGACGCUACAUAACAUUCGCCCGUAAAUUCCAGCCGAAGCUCAGUAAAGAAGCGGCUGACUAUCUGGUUAACGCCUACCGCCAACUUCGUCAACGUGAUGGUGGUUCAACCUCGUCAGCCUCAAGGAUUACUGUUCGCCAAUUGGAAAGCUUGAUUCGUUUGUCAGAGGCGAUGGCUCGCAUGUAUUGCCUGAGUCUGGUCACAAAAGACCAUGUUAAAGAAGCCUAUAGGCUCCUGAACAAAUCCAUCAUCCGCGUUGAAGAGCCCGAUAUUGAUUUGGAAGAUGCUGAACAGCCAGAUCUGUCGGUAGAGGAAGAAGAAACGAAUGGCGUUCCUUCCAGUGAAGAUGUUGACAAGCAAAAGGGAGCUAGUGGUGAGUCAGUUGAUCCCACCGUGCAGAAGAAAAAGAUAUCCAUCACCUUCGAGAGCUACAAAGCUAUUUCAAACUUACUCGUUAUGUAUUUGCGACGCCAAGAGGCCUUGGAUGAAACCGAAAGCUCGCGUAAAAGUGCGCUCAUCAAUUGGUAUUUAAACGAAAUUGCUGAUGAGAUUGAAACGGAACAAGAACUAACCGAGAGAAAACUUUUGGUUGAACGUGUCGUCAGUCGCCUUAUAUAUCAGGACCAAGUUAUCAUUCCAUUAAGUCGAACUGGAUUAGCUGGUAAGGAAGAAGUAGCUGAAGAUGAGGAUCCUCUCCUUGUUGUGCACCCCAAUUUUGUUCUUGAAUAAGUACUCGCUCCUUUUCUUACUUUUCUUGCGCAUACAUGAUAUUUACUUAA